CUAUCUGUGCGUAAAAUCCGAUUUAUUUAUACAUAUAAAUAUUUAUAAUAACAUUAAAUUAUUUUGUUAAUUAUUACAGACCGUUUAAAAAACCAUAAGCAUGUUUGUAUAUGCACAAAUUUGGAAAGUUUAUUGUUGUUCAAUGGAAAUGUUUGGCCGCGCACAUUUCCAACAGUUAAAAUGAUUUGUGCUGUGUGUCGAUUAAUUCUUCAGCCCUUGCCUGGAUUUUACAGCAUUUUAUGAAAUCUUAUACCAAGAACAUGGAUUAAAACACCUUUAGCAAUUAAGUUCUUAAUUGUGUUAAUCGCUGUUGAUGUACAGGUGCUCUCCAAUACAAUGUAUAUCUGGAUUAAUUGAAGUUUAAAAUGGAUCAGAACGUGUUAAGAGUGCUGAGAGGGGGUCUGGCCCCCUCUCAAAGUGAUAAAAUCAAAUAUAAACCAAAAAAUAAGUUAUUCGUCGACAAAUUGAAUAAGUUCGAUUACGUUUAUAAUAAGUAUUUGAUAAACAAUAACAAAGUGUGGCCUGGCGUCGGGCUGGUCAAGAUAUUUGUGGCCUGCAACAAAGCUGAUUUUGUGGACGAAAGGAAUUCAUUGCUGGAAGUGGUCGGUCCGGAACUUCAGGCGAUAUACAACGAGAGGAAAAUUGAGGUUGAAAUCGUUGAUUUUCACUACGGUGCCGAUGAAAAAGAUUCAGCAGAAUGUCCUUCGUCAUUAAAAGAUAUUUUCUGCGAAAUUCAAAUUUGCCACGAUGUUUCCAAGGGAUGUUUUUUCAUAGGUUUGUUAUCCGAUUCAAAUCUCAAUACCGAUAAGAUUUUACCCGUUCGCAUAAAGGCACAACUUUUCCAUGAACUGAUCGAAAAUAUAAAAUUAAUACAUGAUAUUGGAAAGCUUCAGGAGCACGAAAAAUUUGAAGAAUUUGAUGAUAUCGAUAGCGAUGUUGAUCUGGUGAAACAGUGGUACAUCAAAGAAGAUACCUUGUACAUAUUGAAAGACUACAGCAAUGUUUCCUAUGAAGAAUGGCAUCGAACAAAAUCAAAUUUAAUUCGAGCCUUGAAGAACAUCAUCGGUAUGAACUGCUGGAUUUUGCAAAAAAUCGAAGAUUUAAACAAAAGUGAUAAAUUAACAAGUUCUAGUGAUAAUUUUAGUAGUUUUAACUGUAAGUUUAGUAAUUUAUUGAAAAAUAAGUGCACGUUUUUGAAAGACAUUAAGAUGUUGUUGAGAUCGACGAUGGAAGUUCUUUGCCUCAAUACGUUAGAUAUUUCCGAAGAAGCUCCUGAACGAAUGCUUACCGUAUUUGUAGACUCGGAUAAUACUCAUCUUAAGGAAUCUCAAACUCGCUCAUAUAUUACUCAAAUAGAACGGGAGAAUUAUAUUGAAUUAAAAAAUAAACUAGUCAAAAGAUUACCUACCGAUAAUGUUAUGUUGUUUAGCCAAGAAGAUGAUCUGGAUACGUACCAAUUCAAAUCGACAAUUAUUGAUAGAUUGAAAAAGUCAAUUGAUAAAUCUAUUGGUGAUAAUCCAUUGGAAAAAGGAAAAAUGAAAACUCUUCCUGAAAUUUUGCAAGAACAUACUAGUCAUCUAACAAUAUUAAGGGAACACAUGCUGCUGUACCAGCUGGUUGAUAGAAAAUAUUUAGAAUUCAUUAGAAAAAGGAUAACUUUCAUACAUUCGAAAGCAGAAAGUUCCAGCCGGAAAGAUCCCAGCGCCAAGAAAGAUAGUUUAAGAAACGAACCAAUAUUUAUCAAAGGAUCUCAAGGUGUCGGUAAAACGACUUUGCUGUAUGAUGCUUAUACGAGUUGUACACAAUGGUUUACAUGUCCAGUAACAAGGAUAGCUCGAACAGCUCGUGCUACUCCGAGGUCCUGCAGGGUUUUAGAAUUCUUCCGUGUUUUGUGCCAACAAUUGUCAUUUGUUCUCGCGUUACCUCAGGGACAUCUUCCGAAAGAUGCAGGAUUUGAUCCUCGAUAUGUCAGUAAAUGGUUUAAGGACAUCAUAAGGUGUUGUGGUGAACGAGAUGAGGUCUUUAUAAUAUUCAUUGAUGAUCUGCACAAAUUGUUGGGGAUGAAUCACCAUGAAAUGAACAUGUAUAUGCCGGCCAUUUACCCGCGAAAUGUUUUUGUCAUCUUUACUGUAGCAACUAAUGAUGAACCUGGCUUUAACAAAGUUGGUUCAGUAUUGAACCCAUCUCAAAGUGAACAGAAAUUAAUGAAGAGUGACUCAUUAAAAACUGAUGAUAAAACUAAUUCUCCUUUUUCUACGAAUUCCAACGACCAAGGCAUGAAGAUCUCAUCCAGUGAACAAAAUUUACGCGAACAAAAUGCACCAUUAAAUCGCGAGCAACCUUCACAACAAAGUAUAAGAAAACGUUUGCAUAAACAAAUGAGUGAACAAGAAGUUAUAUUAAGUGACCAGCAACAUGGAUUGAAUAAAAGUUCAAGUGAGCAUAAUAUAAAUGAACAGUUAUUGAUCAGUAAACGCGAACCAGGAGCUGGUGAUCAUCAGCAUAGCAAUAUUUACAAAAGCCUGCAGAGUGUCAACAACUGCAUAGAGUUAACUCAUAGUGUGGCUAUCAGAAGAUGCGAGAAUUGUUUGGCUGAAUAUAUGCAUAAAACUUUGGUAGAUGAAGAACAAGAAAAUCUGAAAAAUUCAGGUGGUUCUGAAAAGAGUGGUACCACAGAGGAAAAGAACGAUAAAGUCAAUGAUAAUGGUAAUUCUCAUCAAAAAGUAUUUGAAUACUGUGGAAACUUCCUAGCAAAACGAAAUUCUACUGAUCUUUUUCAAGAAAAUUGUGAAGAUAUCACUAGUUACUUGAAGCAUUACUAUCAACCUAAAUCCCACCAGGACCACACGACUUCAUUAUGCUGCACUUUGAAACACAAUUCACUUGAUGAUCAUCCCAACAAGGAAGAUCCAGAUAAUCAUUUUAAAUCCCAACAAAUAACUAUCAAAAAUACUACGACAUUUUCGCAGCAUUUAGAAAACCGGUUAAACAAACUUCAAGAUAUGUUCGGAAUGGAACCGGUUGCACAAUUUUGUCGAUAUAUUUGUUGCACAGAAUUCGGUUUAACAGAGAGCGAAUGUCUGGAGCUCCUGGUACCGAUUGAGAAAGAUGAUUCAAUUCAUGAUGAACCGAUUGGAUGCCGAUUUGAAGAAAAAGGAGAGUUUAAUUUCAGGACUUUUCGUGCUGUUAAGGAAGCUUUUGGCGAAUUGAUUUUGGACAAAUACUUGACUGGUAAAAUUGUUCUCCAGUGGCGACAUCAGCAGAUGGGCGUGAUAGUAAGGCGAAAAUUUUUAACAAGGGAUGUUCAGAAACAAACUCAUAUUCAGGUCGCCAAUUUGUUUUUGAAUGAAGAUGAACCAAAAGCUUUGGAUGAGGCAGAUGAUAGUUCUCAAGAUAAUCCGGCUACUACGACCACUUACAAUCUCCGACACGUAGAGGAAUAUUGGACUCAACUUCUCCGAGCUGGUUCUCUCGAUCGCCUAAAGAAAACUUGCUGUUGCAACUUCGAUUUUCUUUUAGCAUCGGUUCAAAUGGUAUCAAUCAGUUAUUUACGGUGCCUGUUGGAAGAAAUCCGAGAUUUUAUUUUAGAUCGGGAUAUCGAAAUUGUGUAUUACAUUAUUCAAAAAUCUUCUGAUACAUUGACUAGGGAUCCAACACAAUUGGCAGCUCAGAUGAUAAGUUGGCUGAAACGCAUCACAGACAUUGAAGAUCCACUUAUUGCUGCAUCCAAAGAUAUUUUAGGAUUACCUUCAUCAGCAAUUGCUAAUAAUCAGUUAAAUUCUCCAAAUGCUUCUAAAGAUAUAACGAAAGGAUCAGAAGGCGACGCAAAGAACAACGUUCUAAAUCAGUUGAUGACGUCUUCGAUGGCUUGGAGUGAUGGUUUCACCUCUCCCCUGCUGGUUCCUUUGAAUUCCUGGUUACCACCUCCUAUCUCUGAACAUAUAAAGCAUAUGACAGUCCGCCAAAGUGUGAAUCUGCUGCGAAUUACUCCUGGUUCUCAACACUUGGUCGUGGCCUGCGCCAAUAAAUCUCACCUGGAAUUGUAUCACAUAAUGAGUAAUAGACUAGUUCAUGUUUUUACAGGUCACAGUGGUCCUGUAACUUGCAUGGAUAUAACUAAAGGUUCUCAAUAUUUGUUGACCGGUUCUGAAGAUACAACCGUUAUAAUUUGGGAUCUCAAAGAACUAAGGUUGCGGUUUCGUAUUUUUGAGCACAUAGCACCUAUUUUAAGUGUUUGCUGCGCCUUCGAUUCGGAAGUAAUAAGUGCAGGCGACGACUCCAGUAUUAUUGUGACAUCACUUGUCGAUGGAACCACCAUUACCAAAAUAGAUCAUCAUAGAGGUCCUGUGACAGCACUAGUCGUCGAUAAGGAGCAGGAUAUAUUAUUGUCAUCUAGUCAGGACACGACAAUAUGCAUCUGGGCUUUGACUGAUUUUGAAUUGCUCAAUUGUAUUAAAAUGCAGGAUAGCGUUUUAUCACUAGACAUCAGCGGAGAUAAUGUAUUUUUGCUGGCACAUUGUAAAGAUAAUGGUCUUUAUGUGAGAUCGUUGGUAACAGGAACAGAGCUGCAUAAAUUGGAGGAUGCGCAUUCAGAGAUUCAGUGCAUCUCUAUUGCCAAUGACAACAGGCGCGCCGUUGUCGGUUGCGCAGACGGAUCAGUCCUGGUAUACGAAUUGCAUUCUGGAAAAUUGCUCAAAAUGUACAGAAAUAAAAAGAAUUACUUCAAAAGUUAUAUUCACAAAAGCCAUCAAGUCAUCGAUACAAGUAUAUAUGUUGAGGAUAGAUUAAAAGACACUGCGUAUUUGCAUAUGAAACUACAUGAUAAUAAAGAUCUCGAUAGUAAGACAUAUACGAGCAUAUGCAUAUGCGAGAGUGAUGAUUUUCUAAUUGUUGGAGUUGGAGAUCAAGUAGAAGUAUAUUCCUUUAGAGAUGAAGGCGAAACAAAUAUAAAUUCUCAGUGUUUCACAAAGAAUCUCAAGAAGUCAAUGAGACACAGAAGACCUAGAAUUCCGAAUACUUCAUCAUCUACAAGUGACGUCACCUGUAUAAGUGACGUGACACGAGAUGAUCAAUUCUUUGCAGAGGGCGACUCCAAUGGUGACGUUACAGUCUGGUCUUUAGUCACUUCCUCGGUUAACAAUGUGUUUUCAUAUUCAGUUGACAACGGAAAAACUUCAGGAACUGGUAAAUCAUCAUCAAGUUCUGAUAAGACAAUUAGCGCCGAAAAAGACAAAUUCGCUAUCGGCAAAUCGUUGUCAGGUUCCUCUGAUAAAUUCGUGACCAGUCUCAGUAGCUCUCAUGGUGGUGGUGAUUCUUGUGUAACCUGCGUCACAGUGUCGCCUGAUGUCACAUUUGUUACGGCUGGUUUCCUGAACGGUGACAUCAUCAGUUGGAAGAUAACGGAUUCAUCGCGGAUAAGCAUAUUCAGGGGUCACAAAGCACCAAUAUCCUGCGUCAGAGUACUCUGGGACAACAAAAGGAUAAUUUCUGGCGGCGGCAAAGGUGAAGAAUUGGUAAUUUUGUGGUGGGUGGAUUCAGCAACUCCUAUCAGAGUGUACAAUGCACCAUCUGAACUUGUAGAUGUCACCAAAAAUAUGCGAUAUAUUAUGUGCACGAACUUCGACUGCAGUUUGACAAUACUGUCCCUAAAUGCUUCCGAAGGAGAUUCGAAUCAUUCCAAUUCCGGAAAAUCGAAUGAUGUCAAGUAUUGCGUGACGCACAGUGACGUCAUCGAGUGCUUUUCACCAAGUCACUGUGGACGUUACGUGGUGACAGGAUCUCGCGAUGCUUCGUUGAAAGUCUGGCAGACUGAUGGAGGAAAACUUGCUCAGGUCCUAGUCGGCCACACAGACGGUGUCACAUGUCUCUCCUAUACCAUAACUCCAGAUACGACUUCAUCUACCAAUUCAACCUCAGUAGCCUCAAAACCUUUAACUACAAACCUAAAAUCCAAAUAUAAUCGGUUAAUAACCGGGUCCCUAGACUGCAAUCUUAUUUUAUGGGAUGUCGAAACUGGAAGUGAAUUAUUUCUGCUCGGCGGUCAUCUUGCUCCAGUUAGACGAGUGGAUGUCAGUGGAGACGGAAGCACUUGUGUUAGCGCUUCUGAUGAUGGUACAAUAAUUGUUUGGGAACUGAAGCGCGGUUUGGCUUUGACCUCUUUACACCUGCAUUGCACAAGCAUUUUAAACAUGUGCGUCGCAAACGACUGCAAUAGGAUUAUUGCCAGACUAUCUUUAGAUAACAGCAUAUCGUCGUCAUAUGAGCAAAGUGCAGGAAUUGAAUUCUCGACACCAGCAGCAGGUAGAAUAUCAGUUAUCUGUUUGCAUAACACGCCUGCAGUAUUCAGGAAGAUAGAGGAAAACAUUUUCCUACUUGGAGCAGGUGCUGGAUCAGACGACGGCGGAGGUGCCAGCAAUGCCGAAAGCGAGGAUUCUGUUUCUGACAAAUUGACCGGUCCUGGACUCACCUUCAACAAAUUAAAGUCCUAUGGAGCAGGGCUAGGCAUUCAUCACGGCGGAAGCGGCACUGGACUGAGUAAGCGGAAACCAGCGCCCCCACUACGAAAAUUGUUAAAGAAAGAAGUAUCACUGGACACUUAUUCCUGGCAGAAAAAGUAUGGUCAUCUUACUGCCAGCAGCACCAUCAUGGCACAGGUGGACGAGAAGUUAAAAAGGCGAUUCUCAGUGUCUGCAUCAAUGGAAGAAAUAUCAAAGUUGGCCGAAAACAAUUCCGGUUCAAAUUUGGAUAAAAAGAAAGACGCUUUGCGUAAGUCUCAGCAACAUUUUGAUCAACUAGAACAACUCUGGAGCAAAGUACCCACUGCACCGUCCAGUGGCAGCAGGUGGAACCGAAAUUAUUUAACAAAACAGAGCUCCUUGGCAGAAGACCGAAUAGACUCAUCAGAUGAGGAAACAGAUGGAUAAAUUUUAAUAUUAGGAUAUAAACCAAAAUAUUACAUACCAGUCCAUGCGUAAGUAAUUGAUAAGUAUAAGGUAAGUGUUA